CAUUCUUUAGACACGGGAUCUGAUGCAACUAUCCACGAUCCUCAUCAGUCCAGUAAUUCAGUCCAGGUGGAGGCUGUUCUGUUUGGUCAGUCUGCAGUGAUCCGAACAGAAGACCUUUACUGGCCGGACGCCGUUAGAGCAUUUCAUCUAUGGCAAGUCUACAUUGACAACGUCAAUCCAAUUACCAACUUGAUUCAUCCGCCAACGAUGCAGCGAUUGAUACUGGAAGCAACAAAUUCGGUGCAAGGCGAGUUGCCCAAAGAGUCGAAAGCCAUCCUAUCUGCCAUAUACUUGGCUGCCGUCGAGUCUCUUGAUGAUGCAGAGUGUAUGAAACUCAUGAGUGAUUCGCGUAACACUUUGCUGAGAAAGUUGUUCAUUACGACUCAACAUGGCUUGCUCAAAGCUGGCCUGAUGGAAAAUUCAAAUCUAGUGGUGCUACAAGCCUUUGUGCUAUAUCUGGUACGUCCACCUUUUGCAUCGUUUGACAUCAUGAUCGAGACUGAGUGGUUACGAUCCGGUUCAGCUAGCNNAGCACGUCAACAUAGCUCUCCACAAAGUCUUUGGCUAGUCCUUGGGGUCGCAGUCCGCUGUGCUCAGCGGCUCGGAAUCCAUCGUGAGAAGAACUUACAGGCUCUGCCUGUAUUCCAAGCUGAAAUGUGCCGUCGACUGUGGUGGCAGAUCCACUUGCUAAACCGGCAUUACACCAAUCUCUGCGAAGGUGUCGAUAGUGCCGAUGCGGCCCAUGUUACGCCUUCUGAUACAAAACGGCCUCUGAAUCUCAAUGAUGCCGAUCUCCACCCGGACAUGACGACCUGUCCGACUGAACGGCAGGGAAGCACAGAGAUGAUGUUCUGUUCGGUCAGAUAUGAAGUCGGCGACUUUUUACAACAACUCGGCCUCAAGAACGACAGCCCGCAAAACAAGCUACAAGCCAUACAGAAGCUACAACAAGAUCUGUAUGACAAGUUCUCCAGACACUGCGACGAAUCCAUACCUCUGCAACGCGUCACAAACGAAGCUUGGAAGCAAGUUUCUUUGACCUAUCAGUUUAAUCCCCAACUACUUUCUCCCGCUGGCCCCGAACCAAACAGUCUCUACAGCAGUCUCGCCAGUCUGGCGUUGAAAGCAAUAACACGGUAUGAGCAAAUCGACGCAAGCAACAUACAUCUUCCCACGGCUUUGGUCGAGCAACUCACGGCCCUGCAUCAGUCAUCUGCGGAUCAAGAGGUCGCAGCAGCCACCACUGCACCUGCAACAACACAACACCAUGCACAGAUUUCUCUGCCCACUACUUUCGAACCAGCAAUUAACGAAGGACAAUCAAGCCUCUAUUGGCAAGCCUCACACCUCGACAACGACACCCAAGCAUGGGAGUACUGGCUCAACUUGAUCGAAAACGAAGAAUAUCCAAGUCUG